AUGACUGAGACUCUACUAUCCGUCCUCUGCAGGGAUCCUUGGUGCUACGACCGCAUUGACGGCCACGAAAUUAGAUUCAGGAACGACGGUACUGGCUACCUUGUACUGCGUUAUGAACUAUCAGUGCCCAUUGCUGCGGAAAUCGAAUGGAAGUCUCCGGCGCCUCUGAAGGAGAUUAAGGUCGACAUGCAUGCUAAGGGACAGGAAGUUCUAGCACAGUUCGAUAUCGAACUGACACUCACGAAGCGUGUCAUGGCAGAACCGGGAAUCUAUCCAAAUCCUGCCUACAAGAGAAAUGAGCACUUUCUAACCGAGGGCGCCUUUGUUCCAAAGAAAUAUACUGUCUCUAUCCAAAAGGGCAAAUUUUUUGCGCCUCUUCCGGAAAAGAAUGCCGGUUCCUACUGGAUGCCAGGCGGUCCCUUCGGCAUACCUGACAAAUCCUGGCAGUGUGACAGGUUCGCCCUACGUCUGACAUUUGACAAGUCGCCAUAUCCUCCGUAUGACGAUUGGAAAGAUUGUCCUUUGAGAAACGGCGACCCAAAGCCAUGGACUUAUACUGCGUUUAGCAGCUGGAAGCUACUUGGGGAGGCGGCGAGACCUACCGUCUGGAAUACCGAAUGCGUAGUUCAAUAG